GGCAAGAGAAUGGAGCCAUGGAGUCAUCUACCAGGAAAGGUUGUUCUAGUGACAGGAGCCUCGUCAGGGCUCGGACGAGAGUUCUGUCUCGACUUGGCAAAGGCGGGCUGUCACAUCAUUGCGGCAGCUCGUCGCACCGAAAAACUAAAAUCUUUAUGCGACGAAAUUACUUCUAUCAACAACGAUCUAGAAAAAAUGUCGAUCACUAUAAAACCACCUAUGUCAGUCGAGCUAGAUGUCACAUCCGAUGAAAAUGUCAUCUUUGAAGCUGUGCAAACGGCUUGGAAUGCAUUUGGACACAUUGAUGUUCUCAUUAACAAUGCUGGUGUUAGAGGAAGUAUUAGCCUAGUGACAGACUUGAGUGAAAAGGAAUGGAAGAACACGAUCAAGACAAACCUAACCGGGGCAUGGGUGGUGGCAAGAAACGUUGCGAAGUUGAUGGCAAAAGAUGGGAUAUGUGGUUGUAUCAUCAAUAUCUCAUCUAUUAGUGGUCUUAACCGUGUUUACACACCCGGAGGUGCAGCCUAUUGUGCCUCCAAGGCUGCCCUUCAAAAUUUGACCAAGGUAAUGGCAUUGGAGAUGGGAAAGCAUAGUAUAAGGGUGAAUGCAAUAGCACCUGGAAUUUUUCUAUCUGAAAUAACCGAGGAGCUUUUCAAAAAGAAAUGGGCCGUGGAUGUGACGAAAAGAGCACUCCCUUUGAGAACAAUAGGGGAAACAGAUCCUGCAUUGACUUCCCUCAUCAGAUAUCUAAUUCAUGACUCCUCUUGUUAUGUCUCAGGAAAUAUCUUCAUUGUCGACUCUGGUUACACCCUCCCCGGCUUUCCCCUUUCCUCUUCACUUUAA